AUGAUACCGUGGGAAAGCUGAACGUUUCAAACGGAUGAGCUGUGGUGGGUGAACUUCAACGGACGCACUUCUGGCAGAGAGGACGAGCGCACAAACACGGACUGUAAUAGACUGAACACAAGAGCCUCAACAUGAAGAGGAAUCACGACUUUAGUUCCUCUGACAGCGAACUGGAUGAGAAUAUUGAGGUGGAGAAGGAGAGUGGCGAUGAAAAUGGCAACAUGAGCUCUUCUCUCGGGUCUAUGUCUCCCACAACGACAACACAGGUGCAGGCUAGAAAACGCCGUCGAGGGAUCAUCGAGAAAAGGCGUCGUGACAGAAUCAACAACAGCCUCACGGAGCUGAGGAGACUAGUCCCCAGCGCCUUUGAGAAACAGGGCUCGGCUAAACUGGAGAAAGCUGAGAUUUUGCAGAUGACGGUCGACCAUCUGAAGAUGCUCCAUGCAGCCGGAGGCAAAGGCUACUUCGACGCCCACGCCCUGGCCAUGGACUACCGCGGCCUGGGCUUCAGGGAGUGCCUGGCCGAGACCGCCCGCUACCUGAGCAUCAUCGAGGGGCUGGACAGCGCCGACCCCCUGCGGAUCCGCCUGGUCUCCCACCUCAACAGCUACGCCAGCCAGCGGGAGGCCCACAGCGGCCUCAGCCACCUGGCCUGGGGCUCCGCCUUCGGCUCCCCCGCCGCCCAUCUGGCGCACCCCCUGCUCCUCCAGCACCAGCACCACCAGCACCUCCCGCAGGGGACCCCCGCCCUGGCCUCGCUGCCCCGCAGCGUGACCAGCAGCCCGCCCACGCCCCCCUCGUCCUCGUCCUCCCCCUCCUCCCACUCCUCCUCUUCGUCCUCCUCCUCGCCGGCGGACGCCCUCCUCGCGGGACGGAGGAGUCGGAGCGCCACGCCCCACGCCGACCCGCUGGGGCCCAUCCGGGUGCACCCCGCCCCCGCCCUCGCCUCCUCCACCCCCAGCGGCGCCGGGGCCUCGGCCGGCGUGCUGCACCCGGGCCUGGUGCCCUCGUCGGGGGCCAAGAUGGCGUCGGCGCUGCCCCUCACCGCCCUGUCGGCCUUCCCCUUCCCCUUCAGCGCCUUCCCCCUGCUGUCCCCCGGCACCGCGGCCGCCGCGGCCGCCGCCAUGGGCUCCCAGGGGCCCGCGCCCAGCGGGGGGAAGCCCUACCGGCCCUGGGGCCUGGAGAUAGGGGCCUUCUGAGGACCACCGAGACGCUCUCCGAGAGGCUUCACAGACAGAACGAGCAGAGCUGGAUUCUCCACGGACAAACGCUGUUUGUGUUCUUCGUCACUAAAAAGAAAAGUGCUUUCCUUUUCUUCCUAAAAUGCAAUUUUCUAUGCAAGAUGAUAGUUAUAAGAUGCUCCAUUUCCCCAAUGACAUUUUAAUGUAUUUUGUGCAGGAAAAAAAACUGACAGGGAAAUCUGGGACUUAAACAAAGACAACUAUAAUUAAUUAUUGAUUUCUCUAGCCCAGUUUUCGUCCAAUGGGAAGAGAACAUCUCCAGAUGGUCAAGUAAUUUUUUGUCAAGUUCCGAGGCGAAACUAUCCCCCCCCCACACACACACGCACACACACACACACACACACACACACACACACACACACACAGACACACACACACACACACACACACACACACACAGACACACGCACACAUACACACCCAACACACGCACUCACACCCCAUCUUCUCCUCCUGGGUUUCCCACUGAGCUAAAACACACUGUACCACUACCAUGAAAGAGAGAGCGAGCGUGCGAGAGAGAGAGAGAGAGAGAGAGAGAGAGAGAGAGAGAGAGAGAGAGAGAGAGAGAGAGAGAGAGAGAGAGAGAGAGAGAGAGAGAGAGAGAGAGGAGCGGGGAAGGCAUGAAAGCAAAAGGGCUUGAAGUACUUGAGGGUCACCCCCUUUUAACUGCAUUUUAUGGUCUGGAAUAACCGAAACCAGGUGUCUGUGGGACUAAAUACUGGGAACAGAAGUUAACUACCAACUCAGUUGAGAUAAAUAAGCCAUUAUUUACCCAUGACCUGUUACGGUAGCCUGGCCAUUGUUUCAACUCUCUUUCACAAUUCUUAUAUUGUUGUUCGUGCCGGGAGGAAGUUUUGUCCCUACAGAAACACAGAGCUGCACAAUGGCUUCUUUACAGCCCCGGUUUCUCCUACGUUUUAACAGUUGGUCCUCAUUUCUAGUUCAGUACACGUUAAUGUGAUCCGCCACACAAUGCCGGACAGUUUUCUACUUCAUUUUAGGUAUCCUGUGUGUACAACUAAAUUAAAAUAAAUGAAUUCUUAGAUAAAAAAAAAAAAAUUGGGUAUUUCUCUCUCUAUCUGAAGGAACAAGUGCAAUGGUCUCUCCACCACCUUUUCCCAAUACUCCCAUCAAUUUCAAACUUUAUUCUCUUCCGUCACUUUCUCAUCCUCAUGUAAUGUCUUAUAUUCUGUCUCCUGCUGCCUCCUGCCUCUCCUUGUAAAAUUGUAAAAUAGCGCAAGUUUGUUUAUUUUGUACUAAAGGAGAAAAGAAAAGCAAUGACAAAUCAGAAUUUCAAACUUUUCAAAAGCCUUUGAUUAAUGAUUGAUGACUUCUUAAUAAAAUACUUCCUUUGUA